AUGUCGUUUCUGCGACCCGCCUCGCCGAAUCCACUGCAAAGAGCGAGCUCACCAAUGGAAGGUUCACCUAUGGACUUUAGUUCACCACCCGGGAUAAGCACUUCAGGAAACAACCCCUAUACAACCAUGAAUCCACUCUCUCGCGUAGCCCAGUCGCCGACCGCUGCACAUCUACGAAACCGCACGCGCCGACCAAGUUCUCUAAGCAUUGCACUCGAUAGGACAAAAUCAUUCACCGGUUUCCCGUCUCCAUCAAAUAUCUCGGGUGGUGGGAGUAGUAGUAGCGGUAGUCUUGGAGGAAACGGCAACGGAAAUGCCGGCUCUAUGCUGCAGCCCGCCGCGACGAUCCAAGAGUAUGGGUCGGGGGAUAUAGCAGGCAGAGGAAGGGCAUCUUCUUCUGCUUCUUCCAUGUCUAUCGGAUUAUCACCGGCUAGGAGGAAUACGAGUUUAGAUGAAGUCGGGCUUGAGGCGAACGAGGAGACGCCCAACGCGAGACGGCAGACGGGCUUUGGGGCACAAGUGGCAAAGAUGAAGAGAUACAGGCAGAUUAUGGGUAUGUCGGGUCCGAAUGGGUCAGAGAGCGACCUUUCUACUGCAUCGAAUGGACGGACUACGCCGGAUUUGGUCAACCAGAGAGGAUUAGAGGACGACGUAGAUGCCCUGGCUGUGGCCCCGGACCAUAGCGUACAUUCGUCACCCAUGAAGGACUCGAGUCCUGCCAAAUCUGCAGAGCCACUCUCUCCAUUUUCUCUCAAAGGACCGCUCAAACCUGCGAGGCUACUCCGCGUGCAGAACGAACUCAAUGCUCCCUUUCUUGACUCGGAAACAAAGUCGGAAGCCGCAUUCUCUCGAUUGGUCCAAUCUACCUCAGAUCUCGCUUCGAGACUACGCCUCACCAUUUCCAACGCCGGAUCGUCCCCAGCUCGCAAGCGACAGACGCGCAACUGGAUGGGCGAAUGGGCCGCUUCCAAUGUGAAUACCGAACCCAAACAUUGGGCUGGUCGGUUCCCCGAGUCUGUCGAGGGUGAUGGUGAACUACCUAGCCCGGAUACGGAAAGUGACGGAAGCGAUCAUGCAGCCGAUACGACGCUCGUUGCGUCGCGGCCUUCAUCUGUUAUGGGCCAAGCUCCGAUUGGGAUACCAAUCCAAGGGAGGUCAAGAUCUGGUUCGACUAUGACAGCGAAUGGAGAUAUGAUGCUGGUUGGAAGUUAUGGAGGCAACGAGCAAGGCGAAGGAUUGGCGGGCAUGAUGGAUCUUGACAUGGCCUCAAACAUGAGCUCUCCGGUGUCGACACCGCUGACGACCAAUUGGAGGGAACCAGCACCCUUCUUCCAAUCCAAGAAGCGUAAAUUCUCAGUGACUGCGGAUCAAGACAAGAUUGAAUAUCAACCUCAAGCGAAGAAACGCAAAGGUCUCUCGCCAUAUGGUGCUCCGAUGACCCUCCAAGCAGGCACGUCAAGCCCACUCUCCAACUCUGGGUCCGGAUCUUUUGUGUUUCCACCCCCAAAGUCUCCUCUCCACUUGAACGGUGCUUCUCUCCAAUUGUCGAUGACCGCCAUGCCAAACGCAUCGUUUGGUAGCUUUGGAUUUCCUAACAACAAUAACAACGGGGUGCAUCAGCAUCGCAAGUCGGGUUCGAUCUCGAUGGCAUGGUCGAGGCCUGGUUCUGCUCACUCUAGCCCCCUUCUUCGUCCGACGAGCAGCCACUCGAACAUGCCAGCGCCACCGAGCGGAAUGCUUCUAGGACCAACACUUCUUUCAAACAGUACGACCGCAACGCCGUCAGAGAAUGGAGAUGGGUUCAACUUUACGUUUUCGUCUUCAAACGGCAGGAACAUGGCAGGCGCGGCGAUCAAUCAGGGUACUGGAGAGAACUUUGGGCAUGGAGGUGCUCCUCAGAUGACACAGGGUGGUGUACAGCAAGGCUUUCCUUCGUACACACCUGGUGCGCAGCUUGGACAAUACGGCGCACCCGUCACGUCAAGCCCAAGUGCGCGUCCAAUGAUGAAGUUGCCUACCCGCGCAUUGGGGGCAAAUGGAGUUGGUUUUGGUUUUGGUGCGAUCUCUCAUCCGCCAUCUCUUCCUGCGGGGACUCAGCAGCCACGGCUUGAUGGAGGCGUUGUUGGUCUAUCGCUGAACCCAUAG